UCCGUGCACCUCUUCCCCCCCACCAUCACCCUCACUACGACGCGCCGUCGUCCUUGAAAUCUCCCUCCUUGAGAGGAUAUCGUAGUCUAUCUCGCGCACAGCGACUACGUCCCCCAGUCAUACCCUCAAAAUGACCAAGUGGCGCAAAGCGUCCAUCACCCUCGAGUACGACGCGACGAAGGCCCUCUCCAUGGCGCUCAUGGAUCACACGACUCUGGUCGGCCUCCUGCGUGCAGACCUGCUCAAGCUCAGGUUCCCACAUCCGAAGACGGAAAACAUUGCGUUUCCGACACCGGGGACAGUAGCAUUCUUCUGGGACAGCGUGCCAUGGGAUUCGCCACUCCUGAUAUCCCUACGCGAGAAGACGGACAUGGCUAAGAGAGAGAAUAUAGAGCAGCACCACGAACUGAGGAUCAAGAACAUACGCAUGAUCGAGGAACACUCCUACAACCCGCCACCACCAAAAAUACACCCGCGCGGCGAGCUUUCCAUGUCCAGCAGCAUGUCACAUAUUCCAAGUCUACCACCGAACCCUCAGCGGCGGCUGGACGAGGAGGCAGAAGCGCUGCUGAGUGAAGUUAUACCCAAGUCGGAGCCGAUGGACACAGGGAUGUACCCCUCCGGAUCGAUGCUUCCUCCGUCCGUCCCAGGCCCCUCGGGCGAUGCAUAUGAGACUGCCGGCCCUUCGACCUCUCGACUACCACCGCGCUACCAACCGACCCCGCAAGAACUCGAGCACGAGCUCGCUGAGGUGCGCGCACGGAUCGCGCGGACGCAGAAGCGGGAGGCGGAGGUGGUGGAUAUGAUACAAAAGUUGCGAGGAUCGAGUCAACUGCCUGGGGAGCUGGGAGAAGAGAGUCGUACCCGUCUCCGGCUACGUGCCGUCGAGCGCGAGCUUGCGUCCGAACGGACGAAGCGGGUCGAGGCCGAGGGCGCGAUCCAGGAGGUGCGGAGGGAGGCGGAGGAUGCAGCCAACGGCAUAAUGAACCCCGACGGAACGAUGAAGACAGCCCGCUACCCGUUCGUGGUGCCAACGCUGCUGGACGCGUUCAUCGCCGUCACGAGGAUCCAGGGGAGAGGAGGCGCGGCAGGGCCGGGUGGCUUGGGAGGAGGCGGGAUGAGCAGCUUGGGAGGUAGCGGUGGCAUGGGAGGAGCUGGGAUGGGUGGUUCUUCAGGGAGUCCGAUGGGAGGGAUGGGAGGGGGUAUGAGCGCAAUGGGAGGAAGUAUGAGCGGGAUGGGAGGAGGCAUGAGCGCGCCCAGUGGGAGUGUCAAGGAGGAGGAGAGAUAGGAUCGGAGCGAGGUCCGUCUAUAAUGUGCUUCUGGCCUUGCUUGGUCGUGUCGACUGCUUGGUUGUACUAAGAGUGCUUUGUCGUGCUAUGGUUGCUUGACCGUGCUGAAGCUGCUUCCCUGUAUCAUCAUGUAUGCUGCUCUGACCAUGCUCGUCUGUAUAAUAGAGUAUGCUUCUAUGCAUGGUCCAAUAAGCUUGCCUCCUUUGUGCGGUCGA